AUGCUGUCGUUUCUCGGUCUGGUGGGUUACAGCAGGCAGUACUUACCUGAUUUUUCCAUUCUCACGUCUCUGCUGAGAGCCAUGGUCACCUCUGCAGGUAUGAGAAAUCUGAAUGCGAAGCUGACAUGGUCCCGCAACUCGGAAGAAGCUUUUAUCAAACUCAAACAAGAACUUCCGCCUUCCGCGUCCGCCGAAUUGGCCCUCCCGGACUACAUGCGCCCAUUCUUUUUGGAUGUUUCUGAAACAGAAUCUGUUGCUAACGGUAUUCUGUUCCAGAAAAAAGGGGGAGAUAGAACGGUAUGA